AUGUCGGUCGACAGUCCUCCUGCGCUCUUUCCCUGUAUUCCACAGUCUUCGUAUGCAACUAGAACGCAUGCUGAUGUUUUCCAUCCAAACGAACACCUGGAUUCAGCUUCCGAAACUUCAUCGUUCAUCCUUACCAAGUGUCAACUCCCCCCAACAUCACAGUGCGACGAGUCCACCCACGGGACAUACGCCAGCAGUUAUUCAGCUAUCAGGUUCGAUCCCCCACCCCCGGAAGAUAUGACAUCAAAGAAUGAGAUCUCAUCGUCAGCGCCCAUGCUACAUCGAGCAGAGAUGCCCGGGGGUCUCUCGAUUCGUACUACAAUAAUUAACUGCAUUUGUUCAGAAUACCAAGAUGUCGAUGUCGGACUCUUUGUUGACGACCCCAAGGAUACGGUAACAAAAUCACCGGAUGUAAGCACGCCCCCGGAUACCGCCUCAGAGAACCCAAGUCUUGCGGAUUCCGGUUAUGACGACUCCCUCAACACUCAGUGUCUGGAGACGGUACUUGACUGGGAGGACGUGUCCCAGAGUCCGGAUCCCGUCCCCUUGUACCUGUCAUCAACACUUUUACAUAGCCCCGAUCAUCGUGGAUUUCAAGAUCAUCUAAAUGACAUAUAUCAUCACCGACUGAGUAUUGAGUACAAGUACCAAGUGAACAACUGUCUUGAGGGACAACGAGAGGUUACCCCUGGUAUGAGGGGCCUGCUGAUUAGCUGGAUGACUGGGGUUCACCAUCAGCUAAUCAUGUGUCAGGACAGCUUGUUUGUCGCAGUCAAUAUCGUGGACCGAAUACUGGACAUCAUGCAUGCCUCGAGAGACUACCUCCAGCUUCUGGGCAUUGCAUCACUAUUGAUAGCCGCCAAAUGUGAGGAAGUUAGUCCGCCGGAAAUUACCGAGCUUCUGAGUUGCUGUACUGACACUUACUCACGUGACCAGGUCAAACAUCUAGAGAGGGUUAUUCUAAAUGCUAUUAAGUUCGAUCUGCUGGUCCCAACGCCCCAGUUUUUCUUGGAAUACUUCUCUUCUUGUUGUAUCUGCCUGUUCGGUGGCUUCCAGAGUGACCGGCUCAGGCAGGCCCGCGCGAAUGCCCGUUGCGUACUGGAGUUGUCACUGCAGGAUUACGAACUUAGCCAGGUUCGCCCAUCCCUGUUGGCUCUAUGUGUGUGGAAGGUAGCUGUAGAUUUAACGCAAUGUGACGAUGGAGAGUUUGUUCCACCGGGACUUGACUUCCAGCAAGAAGAAUUUCAAAAUAUCUACACCCAGGUCAGAAGGUUUUCCGAAAAUUUAAAGAAAAGUUUUCCCGAAGUCAGCAGCAUUUGCGAAUAUUACUUCAACCUCUACGGAGCCGAGUAA